UGUGAAUGGACGGCUGCCGUUCUUUUCCGGCUACACCUGCUCAUCCCACCAGGAAGUGCUGGGCGAUAAAUCCUAAAGUAAUAAUCCCUUUUACCUGGAGCGAGAGGAGCUAACAAACAUUAUUAUGCAGUGUAUCCGGGGAAAGCCCUCCGAUUAGAUUCAUGCGAUCGACGCGCACGAUUAAUGCAGGGUAAAAAACACACCGUCAACUCCCUGCAAGUUGGGGUUAUUGUUUUCCUGCGGUGUAGCGUUUAGUUUUUUUGCGGUCCUAACCUCCCUCCGGCAAUGGGAUGCUGUGGAAGCGCAGAGAGGCCAAAAAGAGAAUGGAAACCUUUGGAGGACCGAAGCUGCACGGAUCUGCCAUGGUUCCUGUUAUUUACAUUGUUCCUUGUGGGAAUGUGUGGCAUCUGUGGGUUUACCAUCGCGACUGGAGGGGCAGCGCGACUCGUCUUCGGAUAUGACAGCUAUGGUAACACGUGCGGCCAACGCAACGAGCCCAUUGAAGGGGUCCGGCUGAGUGGUCUCGACCAUACUGACAGAAAAUUCGUCUUUUUCCUGGAUCCAUGCAACAUAGACGUCAUUCAGAGGAAGAUAAAGUCCAUGGCGCUGUGCGUGUCACAAUGUCCCACUGAGGAACUGGCGACUUACUACGACCUCAAGAGGUUUGCCAUGAUAAAUGGGUCCGAGCUUUGUUCGUAUGAGUUACCUGGUCACAAGUACCCACAACUUCCCGAGCGCUUUGAAAAGUGUCCCAAACUUCCAGUACCAGAGAGCAAAGCUCUUCCAGUGUUUAACCGCUGCACUCCAGUGGAUAUCUCCUGCUAUGCUAAGUUUGCUGAAGCGGUGGUCACGUUUGUCAGUGAUAACAGCAUGUUAAACAGGCUGAUUGCCGGGGUGGCCGCCAGCAAAGAGAUCAUUGUUGGGCUGUGUCUGCUGGCGCUAGUUUUGUCCAUGAUCCUCAUGGUGAUCAUUCGUUACAUCUCUGCUGUCCUGGUUUGGAUCCUCACUGCACUGGUGGUUCUGGGUUCCCUGGGAGGUACCAGCGUUCUGUGGUGGUUGUACAUAGACUAUAGAAUGACAAUGAAUGAGACCAUGACUAAAGAUCUGAGGGAAACGGAAGAACCCAAUGAUGGCAUGACGACCCCCAAAGACCACGCUCAAGGACUGCUCAUCUAUGCUGUUUCAGCGACUGUGUUCACUGGAAUUUUGUUGCUUCUGAUGUUGUUUAUGAGGAAGAGGGUGGCUCUGACCAUCGCCCUGUUCCAUGUGGCGGGAAAAGUGUUUAUCCACCUGCCGCUGUUGGCACUGCAGCCCUUCUGCACGUUCCUCGCUCUUUCUCUGUUUUGGGUUUACUGGAUCAUGGUCCUCCUCUUUCUCGGCACCACUGGGAACCCAGAGAAAAAUGAGGAUACUGGCCUGGUUGAGUUCAGGCUCACAGGAGCGCUGCAGUACAUGACCUGGUACCACGCAGUGGGACUGAUCUGGAUCAGUGAGUUCAUCCUGGCUUGUCAGCAGAUGACCGUAGCCGGUGCUGUGGUAACCUACUAUUUCACAAGGGACAAAACCAAACUCCCGGUGACGCCCAUCCUGUCAUCAGUGCUGCGGCUGGUGCGGUAUCACCUGGGCACUGUGGCCAAGGGCUCCUUCAUCAUCACCCUCGUCAAGAUCCCACGCCUCAUUCUCAUGUACAUCCACAACCAACUCAAAGGAAAGGAAAACGCUUGUGCACGCUGCAUGCUGAAGACCUGUAUCUGCUGUCUGUGGUGUCUAGAGAAGUGCCUCAAUUAUUUGAAUCAGAAUGCAUAUGCGGCGACGGCCAUAAACAGCACCAGUUUCUGCACCUCGGCCCGCGAUGCCUUCAUGAUCCUGGUGGAAAAUGCUCUUAGGGUGGCGACCAUCAACACCAUUGGAGAUUUUGUUCUCUUCCUGGGCAAGAUCCUAAUCGUGACGUGCACGGCGUUCGCUGGGGUGUUAGCGCUGAACUAUCAGAGAGAUUACACCGAGUGGGUCCUGCCGCUCAUCAUCGUGUGUCUGUUUGCGUUCCUGGUGGCACACUGCUUCCUGUCCAUCUUCGAGAUCGUGGUGGACGUGCUCUUCCUCUGCUUUGCCAUCGACACCAAAUACAACAACGGCACACCUGGGAGGGAGUUUUACAUGGACAAGGCCCUGAUGGAGUUUGUGGAGAACAGCAGGAGGUCAAUGGCGAUGGAGGAGCGGGGGCACAGCAAGCGCGCCCGUCCCAAGGAAGAGGUAGAGUUGACGGAGGUUAAGGCCAUGGUGAGUGGUGACGUGGGCGUGGCAGAGGCGGAGUGGCAGGCCUUGCAGGAGUUCCACCUGUACUACCUGCUGCUGUGUGUGCUGAUGGACUGGGCCCUGUCGGAGCACACACUGGUGCUCUGCCUCACACAAGACAUGAUCAUCUUCCUGUCUGUCUGCCUGCCCACCUCCACCCUCUUCUUCCUGGUCACAUUGCUCCAGAACACGCCGGUGGCUGCUGCUGCAUGCUGACUAAUGCUUCCUCACCU